AUGGAAAUGGAAGAACGCGUGGUUCCAAACUGGACUGUGGUAGCCCCAAACCAGACCUCGGUGACCGAGUUCAUCCUCGUGGGGCUGUCCAACGACCCUGGGACGCAGCUGGUGCUCUUUGUGGUCUUCCUGGUGGUCUACCUGCUCACCUUGGCUGGCAAUAUUCUCAUUGUGGUCACCAUCAUCCACAACCAGGGGCUGCACACUCCCAUGUACUUCUUCCUGAGCAACCUCUCCUUCAUCGAUGUCUGCCACGCCACAGUCACUGUGCCCAAGAUGCUGGCCGACUUCCUCUCGGCUGCAAAGACCAUCUCCUUUGGGGGCUGUGUGGCCCAGAUGUUCUUCCUCCACCUCUUUGCCUGCACUGAGAUCUUCCUCCUCACCGUCAUGGCCUAUGACCGCUAUGUGGCCAUCUGCAACCCGUUGCAUUACCUCACCAUCAUGAACCACAAGGUCUGCCUCCUGCUGGCCGGCACGAUCUGGCUGGGCGGCACGGUGCACUCUCUUGCCUUGAUUGGCAUGACCAUCAAGCUACCGUACUGUGGGCCCCAGAAGGUCGACAACUUCUUCUGUGACGUCCCCCCGGUCAUCAGGCUGGCAUGCACAGACACCUACGUCAUUGAGAUCCUCAUUGUUUCCAACUCGGGGCUGAUCUCCGUGGUCUGCUUCGUGGUCCUGGUGGUCUCCUACGGCAUCAUCCUGGUCUCCCUCCGCAAACGUUUUGUGGAAGGCCGGCGCAAGGCACUCUCCACAUGCGCGGCUCACCUCACGGUGGUGACCCUCUUCCUGGGGCACUGCAUCUUCAUUUAUUCCCGUCCCUCCACCAGCUUCUCGGAGGACAAGGUGGUCUCGGUCUUCUUCACUGCUGUCACCCCUCUGCUGAACCCCAUCAUCUACACGCUGAGGAAUGAGGAUAUGAAGCAGGCGCUCAACAAACUGUUUGGCAGGAAGGUGACGGUGGAGAAAAAGUGA